GAGGCGGCACCAAUGCGGAAGUGGAGAAAGUGAGACGGAGGAAGGAGAGAAGGACCGGCAGAAGCCUCUCUAGUCUGACAGCAGCCAUUUCGGAACGCCUGUCCCAGCCCCCUUUAGCUUCUUAGCGCCUCCGGGCCCAACAGCACCUGCCCCUUGGCGCAGUCUGGAGCCACCGGCUUCACGGAACUGUACUUCCCAAGACGUCACACUAAGAGACUUCCUGUUCCCGCUGUGGCGCCGGGACUCUCACAUGCAGCAACGAGUCGGGCUUCGGAUGGAGGAGCUGCUCCUCUGGGAGGGCAGAGCAGAAUUAGCAGCAGCCUCUGUCACCAUCCAAAGAUCACAACCCAUGAAACCCCUGAGUUUGUGCCUUGUAACAGAAAGCAAAGGAGAAAGAAAAGGCACACAGCUAACAUUGCUUGAGGAUCUAGGCGAUUAAUUCUUUAGACUGUCAUCAUGGGUAUCCGAGGACUAAUGAGUUUUGUGGAAGAUCAUAGUAAUGAGUUCUUCACUGGUUUGAAGUUGCGGGACACAAAAAUUGUCAUUGAUGGCUAUGCUCUUUUCCACCGUCUUUGCUUCACUUCGAACUUGGAGCUCCGGCGUGGAGGGGACUAUGAUUCCUUUGCAGAUGUAGUACAAAACUUCUUUGAAUCACUAUUUGCUUGUAAUAUAUGCCCAUAUGUUAUAUUAGAUGGAGGAUGUGACAUUUCAGAUAAAAAGCUUGCAACUAUAAAGGACAGAGCUAGAGAGAAGAUCCAGACGGCCCAUUCCCUUUCUGUUGGUGGGAGUGGGUAUGUGUGCCCUUUACUCAUCCGGGAAGUAUUCAUACAGGUUUUGAUCAAGCUGCGGGUCCCUUUUGUCCAGUGCUUUUCAGAAGCGGAUCGGGACAUCAUGACACUUGCUAACCAUUGGAAUUGCCCUGUGUUAUCGUCAGAUAGUGACUUCUGCAUUUUUGACUUGAAAACUGGGUUUUGCCCAUUGAAUAGCUUUCAGUGGAGAAAUAUGAACACUAUUAAGGGCACACGAAACUAUAUCCCUGCCAAAUGCUUUUCCCUUGAUGCGUUCUGCCAUCACUUCAGCAAUAUGAAUAAAGAUCUUUUACCUCUCUUUGCGGUGCUAUGUGGAAAUGACCAUAUUAAUCUACCUAUCAUGGAGACAUUCUUAAGUAAAGCACGUCUUCCUCUUGGAGCUACCAGUUCUAAAGGGAGGAGACACCACCGAGUCCUGGGACUUCUGAAUUGGUUGUCUCAUUUUGCCAACCCUACCGAAGCACUAGAUAAUGUUCUGAAAUGCCUCCCAAAAAAGGAUCGAGAAAAUGUUAAGGAACUUCUCUGCUGUUCCAUGGAAGAAUACCAGCAGUCCCAGGUGAAGCUGCAUGACUUCUUCCAGUAUGGUACUUACGUCUGUCCAGAUGCCUUGCAUCUUGGUUUACCAGAAUGGGUACUAGUGGCUUUAGCUAAAGGCCAGCUGUCGCCUUUCAUCAGUGAUGCUUUGGUCUUAAAACGGACCAUUCUUCACACACAGGUGGAAAACAUGCAGCAACCAAAUGCCCACAGAUUAUCUCGGCCCAUCAGGCAGAUCAUCUAUGGGCUUCUUUUAAAUGCUUCACCACGUCUGGAAAAGACAUCCGGGAAUGCGUUGCCUUCUCGGCCUCUAGCUUUCAGUGAAGUGGAAAGGAUUAAUAAAAAUAUCAAAACCUCAAUCGUUGAUGCAGUAGAACUGCCCAAAGAUCAUUCUGACUUAAGCAAAUUGACUGAGCUCUCCUUGAGGAGACGGCAGAUGCUUCUGUUAGAAACCCUGAAGGUGAAACAGACCGUCCUGGAGCCAAUCCCUGCUUCACUGAAGUUGCCCAUUGCCGUCAGUUGCUACUGGUUGCAGCACACGGACAGCAAAGCAAAGCUACAUCAUCUACAAUCCUUACUGCUGGCAAUGCUAGUGGGGCCCUUGAUGACCAUAAUCAACAGCCCUGGAAACGUGGACCCCGUACCCGGGCAGGCUCAGUGCCUUGCUGCUCGCUAGUUGGUAAAAGGUAAGGGAGAGCUGCAGGAGGAUGGUGCUAAGAUGUUGUAUGAAGAGUUCCAGAGAGUGAAGGCGCAGACACGGCUGGGCACGAGACUGGACUUAGACACAGCUCACGUCUUCUGUCAGUGGCAGUCCUGUCUCCAGAUGGGGCUGUAUCUCAACCAGCUGCUGUCCACUCCUCUGCCAGAGCCAGACCUAACUCGACUGUACAGUGGAAGCCUGGUGCACGGACUAUGCCAACAACUGCUAGCAUCGACCUCUGUAGAAAGUCUCUUGAGCAUGUGUCCUGAGGCUAAGCAACUUUAUGAACAUCUAUUCAAUGCCACAAGGUCAUAUGCCCCCGCUGAAAUAUUCCUACCGAAAGGUAAAUCAAAUUCGAAAAAAAAAAGGCAGAAGAAACAGGAUACCAGCUGUUCUAAGAACAGAGAGAGAACCACUGCACACAGCAAGUGUUGGUACGAGGGAAGCAACCGGUUUGGGUUGUUAAUGGUUGAAAACUUAGAGGAACAUAGUGAGGCCUCCGACGUUGAAUAAAACUCAGUUUGCAUCAAACUAGAUAUAUUUAAUAUAAUCCUUACUUAAAAUUCUUCUGGUACCUCCUUUGAAACAAUUAACUUUUUCUUUAGGACUAACCUAUUCAGGAAUAAACAUCACAAUAGAUAGAUAAUCUGAAUUCCAAGACAUUUUGUAUUGUGCUUUUAAUAAAUAUGACCUGAUUUAAGAA